AUGGAGGAGGAAGAAGUGAUGUUUGGAAGAAUCGCGAGUGUUUGCGCUACGCGACGAGACCAGACAUCUAACGUGUUUGACGAAGAAAGAGAGAGAGAAGUCAAUCGAAUAUUUUGCGCGGGGGAGUGUUAUCAAUAUCUAGCCGAGAGAGAUAAAAUGCAAGUGCAGACCGUCGUUUUGUAA